GCUUUUAUUUUGAAAGACAGCGGAAAAUAAUUCACGCACGUAAACAGCUUCAAACUGACACGACACUCAAUUUUAUGACAGUUUUUUCGCAUACUGGGCACUGGAAAAUGCACUAUGGCGUACACGUUUUGAAUCGAUUUCAGGUAGACUACAAACUGCCUUUUGUUUAAAAAUUGCUCUGUAAACACCGCGCUUGCGCACCGACCCGAGUCGGUGCUGCUGUUUUCUGCUUUUGGGUCGAGCGGGUGGGAAACUUGGGUUUCCUUGCAAAAAACAGCUGCUGUAGCCAAGCUGCCAACGUGCAGACAGACGUCGCAUCGCACCGCGCACGGUGACUCAAGCAACAUUAUUCAUAUAAAAACCCGUUCAUUCAUUUCUAGUCGUUGUGCAUGCGAGGCGAGACGCUCGAUCCUGCGGUGGCUGAUCUUGACUGAUGUUCUCCAGUUUUGAGAUGAUCUAUUUUUGUGAUGGCAAAGGGGCUGUUUCCACGGGCCUGGGUGAAGAAGUCAUUCUAUUUCCAGGCUCGUAUUUACUUUGUGAGGGUGAAGUACUUGUUCCUCACCUGGCUGACGGUGUUGGUGGGGAGCUGGGUACUCUACGUGCAAUAUUCGGCCUACACGGAGCUGUGCCGAGGACACCAAUGCAAAAAUGCCAUUUGUGACAAAUACAGGCGAGGAAUCAUCGACGGCUCGGCCUGCAGUAGCCUGUGUGAUAAAGACACAUUCUACAUGAGCAGAUGUCUGUCAACACUGCCAAACAACCAGGUGUACACGGGAAGUUGGGGAGAUCACGAAGGAAUCGUUCGCUGCCAUUUGGGGGAAGUGACGCACUACGAGAUGGGCGAGGAGCCGGAGCCGCACAGGGAGGCGGCUGUUUUCGAGACCCCCACCAAAGGGACAUCGGUGGAGAAGUUCAGAGAGAUGGUUUUUCAUCAUGUCAAGUCCAAGCUCGGAGAUCAGGCUAACCUCGGCGGUCUGGUGAACGUGAUCCUGUCGGUGGCGGACGGCAACAAAGACGGAAAAGUGUCGCUUCCAGAAGCUCGCUCCACGUGGGCCCUCCUGCAGAUUGACGAGGUGCUUUUGGGCCUGCUGCUUCAGGAGCGCGGCCACACCCCUCGCCUCCUGGGCUACUGCGGCGACCUCUACAUGACGGAAAGGGUCCCCCACGGGCCCCUGUACGGUUUCUCCAUACCUUGGCCGCUGGCGUCCUGGGUCCCCGGCGGCCUACGGCGCACCGUGGACCAGUGGUUCGCUCCGUCGUGGCCUCGCAAAGCCAAGAUCUCCAUGGGCCUCCUGGAGCUGGUGGAGGACGUCUUCCACGGCACGUACGGCAGUUUCCUCAUCUGCGACCUGGCGGCGGCUCGCUUCGGCUACACCGACGGCCACGAGCUGCGCCUCACCGACACCCGGGCCGUGGUGCCGGAAAGCCAGUUCCGGCGGGGCAUGCGGGCGCUGCGCUGCGAGACGGACGCCGAAUGCGUGUACGGGGCCGACUGCCGGACGUCGUGCGACGCCGCCGAGAAGCGAUGCAGGGAGGAGCCCGUCCGGCCCAAUUUGGCCAAGGCGUGCAGUACGCUGAAGGACUACCUGCUGCACGGGGCGCCGUCUGCUCUGCGGGAGGAGCUGGAGAGGCAGCUGUACGCCUGCAUGGCCCUGAAGGGCGACGCCGGCCAGCUGAACAUGGAGCACUCGCUGCUGCUCAACAACUUGAAGGCUCUGCUGUGGAGACAGAUCUCGCACACCAAGGAUUCGUGAGCCGGGUCGCGGGGUCUGGUCUGACAACGCUGUGAUACGACAUGUCGACAAGAGCGCAUUUCACGUGACGCUAAUCACACAAAAACAAUCGGGACAUCGGUCCUUGAAUUUACGUUUCAGGUGAACUGAAAAUUCACUCUAACUUGUUAUCGUGGAACUUCAUUUGAACUCUCCACUUUUGAGCGCGUGCAUGUCAAUCGCAAAGAGCUGAACAGAGGAAUUCACGACACAUCGGCUUGGGUGAGAUGGGAUUUUUUGGGGGGGGGGGGGUUGUCUUUUGUGCUUUGCUUCCUUUUGUAGUUACUCAAAUUACUUGAUGAAUAAUUUCAACACCAAAUUUUGUUUCAACACUUUGAACAGAGGUUAAGGAGCUGAAGAGGAAAAUUCAUAACUGGGGGUGGGACUAUGACUUUUCAUCUUAAUUUGUUCCCAUCAUUUUUGCACAACUUUGUUUUUUCUGAUAAGGCGCCAAACAGAAAACCUCACAACACAUAAAACAUGGUCAUGUUUUCUGCAUGGAAUUUUUUUCUGCAUACGUUUGCAUGGAUUAGUUGUGAACCUUCGCCCCCCCUCCCCUUCCCUGUUACAUUGUCAAAACCCUUAAUUGGUCCCAUGAUGGGUUUUGUUCCAAAUUUGGAAGCCCACCCGAUGCCUCUUCAUUGUCACAUUCUCAACGGAUUUCAGUGCCCAGAGUGGGACAUUUUGGGCAUUGCUAAGCAACUGACUUGUCAAUCUACGAUCAAUAAGCACAAUCGUUCACUCGUGGGACAAGAAGGCGUUUUCCUCUCGAGCCAUUUUUGUGUUACACAUGAACUCAAAUAUUAAUGAACUGAGCUGUAUAGUUCUUCUUUUUUUUCUUCUAGAAAAAGAAUGACGGAUUAUUUUUCUAGAAACACAUGCUGAAAUAGUCUGAUGAAUGUUUGAAGCGAAGCUCUUUUUCGCACUCUACAAAAA